GUAUCUCAUGUUUUGUUUUUCAUGCAGUGCAACUGUCGCCACUGUCAUUUUUGAACGCUUAAUAUUAAAACGUGACGACCUUUAUAAAACAUAACACUUGUCAUGCGGUUUUAGUUUUGAAAUUGUUCAAAUCUCUACUGACCAGUUCAAACUGGCUCAUGAGGCGCAAUCCCGUGCUGAGAAAAUCUGAUUAAGAUUUAAUCCAUAGUCCAGAAACCUUUCGGCGUUACAUUUAUUUUCCCUUUAAAAGUUCACCUAGCACGAAAAAUGUGAAACUUUAAUUUAGGGCUCUUGUUACAGUGUAGUUAUUGACUUUUGCAUUUUUAAGAGCUUGUAAAUGUACGUUGCAUUGCUGCUAUGUGCUGUAAUAUAUUAACAUAGGCUAGCCUAUAUAACGUACCAAAAGAAGAUGAUCAUAAAAUGGUUGUGAUUCUGAACAGAACAUUAGCUAUAGCUAUGGCAAAUAGAGUGUUACUAAAGUUUAAUGCUUUGUAAGUGGUUUCAGAUUAGAAAUCAUCCUUGAACGAAAGUUAUGGGGACUCGAACGGUUUUGGUGACAGGAUGCUCCUCUGGAAUUGGUUUGGCGUUGGCUGUCCGUCUUGCAAAAGAUAAAUUAAGGCGCUUCAAGGGAUGGAACAAUAUUCUUACAGAAUGUACAUUAGAUAAUGAACAGUUGUAGCCACUAUGAGGGACCUGGAUAAGAGAGAAGCUCUGGAGAGAGCAGCUGGAGAAUCCCUCAGCAGAUCCCUGGAGAUCCGACAGCUGGAUGCCACCUGUGAGGACUCCAUCAGAGAGUGUUUGAACAGCUUGCCAGAUCGACAAGUGGAUGUGUUAGUGAAUAAUGCUGGUGUGGGUAUGAUUGGUCCUUUGGAGUGUCAGAAUGUAAGUGCGAUGCAGGAACUCUUCAACACUAACUUCUUUGGCCUGGUGAGACUGGUGAAGGAACUGCUGCCUGACAUGAAGCGGCGUCAGAGUGGACACAUCGUAGUGAUGAGCAGCGUCCAGGGAAUCCAGGGACUACUCUUCAAUGAUGUAUAUGCUGCCUCUAAAUUUGCUGUAGAGGGGUUUUGUGAGAGUCUUGCUGUGCAAGCUAUGAAGUUCAAUGUCAAGAUGACGUUAGUGGAGCCAGGCCCAGUUGUAACUGAGUUUGAGAAGAAAGUGUAUGAAGAGGCAGAGAAGAUGGAUCUCUCAGAGACUGACGAGGAGACAGCUCACAUCUUCCGUCAGAUCUAUCUGAAAUAUUCACAUAAAGUUUUUUACUCAGUCGGGCAGACACCUAAGGAAGUGGCAGAGAAAACUCUCCAGCUGAUUGUGUCCAAAAACCCUCCAUUUCGUCAUCAGACCAAUCGUUUGUACAUGCCACUGACUGCCAUAAAGCAUGCUGACCCUACAGGGCAUCUUCCCAUAGAUGCAUUCUAUAAAAUGAUCUUCCAGCAUGACCAUAUGUUCAGUGCUAGUCUGAGUAUUCUAUGCAUACUUCACAGGAGAAUGGGUGCUGCCUAAAAAGCUCUCAGAGGAUUCUGAUGAAGAAAAACAUUUCAAAAGCAUUUCAGAGACAGUUUUAUGCCCCAAAAAUGAGUCAGUGCUCAAUGCAAAUAAUAAAAUGCGGCAAAAACUCAGAUAGCAUAGCAGCAGUUUUACUACUAUGAUGGGUUGCAACUUGAUGUCCAAUGUAAAGUCUGGAUCCUGAAGCACUGUUCUAUCUUUAACCUCAAGACAACUGUAAUAAUCAUGAAUACAUGAAAUACAUAAUGUUUAGUGGCAAACUGCAUUGUAACCGUUCUAGUGUCCUUUUCAUGUUGUAAUGGUUUUUACCAGUCAAGGGGCUAUAUUUAGAAUUCAGAAACCUUCCUAUUAGCGGUGGCCAUUAAGUGAACUGUAGCCAGCAACUUGUAUGCUCGUGCUUGCCCUAGUGCACAUGUACAAGAGACUAAAGGCAAUUCAAUGCCCGAUAUACUCAUGGUGAAGUUCUUUUUUUGUUCUUUGCUUAGAAGUAAAAUAAUGUUGGAAAUAAAUUGGCAACCAAACAUCCAGAUGUUGUUCACGCUACUGAGAGCAAGGUUUAGAUUAAUAUGUAAAUAUGUGCUGUGUGCUGAUAAUAUAGUUUAUCUAGUACAAACAGCAGCUGCCACAAACAUGCGGCCAAAUGGCAGAGGUGAGAAAGCAGAAGCUAAGAAAGUAUCUGAUCAUAGCGAUGUGGAUAUGUUUGCACCAGUUCUGCAGUUCAUCAGCAUCAA